AUGCCCCCUCCCUUGAGCGGAGGAAUCAACGAGCCUCAAGAUUGUCCAUACUGCAGAAGGACCUUCUCGUGUUACUAUUCCCUGAAGAGGCACUUCCAGGACAAGCACGAGCGUUCAGAUACCCUAUAUGUGUGUGAGUUCUGCCAUCGUCGAUACAGGACUAAGAAUUCACUCACAACCCACAAGUCGCUCCAGCACAGGGGGACAUCUGGGAUGCUGAAGCGCCUACUGAAGACCUCUGCGGCCUUCGGGCAGCCACCACUAUAA